AUGUGUUCUCAAUGUCAAUACACAUAUAGGCAGUUCAACUCGGCGCAGGAGGAGCUAGAAUACUGGCGUUCUCGUUCAGAAAAUCUCGAAAUCAGCUUACAAGAAACUAGAGCAGCACUCGAUGAAUAUCAGGUUUCCUCUCGAGAGUUGGAAGAAGAAUUGGAAAAGGAAUUACAAGCAACAGAAAAAGCAUAUAAAGAUUUAAAAGCUCGUUGUGAACAUUUUAAGCAAGAUGCUGACGAUUGGAAGGUAGGCAUGCUGUUAUUUAAGAGUCGUUCAGAAAAAAAAUAUUGGAAUUGGACUGCUAAGUGUGUUUAUCCUUAUAGGGCCGCAACUUCCUCUUUAACAGAUCUAGAAAUGAAACUGAAUAAAGCAAUCGAACGAAAUGUGAUAUUAGAGAAUGAAAUACAGGCAAAAGAUAAUUUAACGGAACAAACGCAAAGAUUGAGAGACGAGAUUAAUGAGAUGACACAAGAACUCUCUGUUUUACGUAACCAGACAACGAAACAAUCCGACUACAUCGGCAACUUGGAAAACAAAAUUGACGAUUUGCAAAAAAAGAACAAGCAACAAGCAGAAGCAUUAAAUAAAGCACAACAGGAACAGCAUAAUCGAUCCUCUACUCCCGAGUCUGGUUCAAGAUCCAUAUCAACCUCGUCUAAUCCUGUGAAAAUGGUUCAAGAGAUGGUCAGCCGUGUUAGAAACUUGGAAUCACGUUUACAGUCAUGCCGUUCAUUAGUGACACCCCUCUUGAAUCCUCCACCAUCUUACAGUUCUUCCAAUUACUUUUUAGAUAGGAACACAACCAUGUCAACUGAUGAGGAUAUGGAACACUCUAGUAUCAACACUGCUGCAACGAUGCGUUCUGGCGCUCCUAUGCAUCUAUCAAAUAUCAAUGCCAGACGACCUUCUGAAUACAUGAGAACAAGCCUAGAUACCAAUCAUGAUUAA